GCUAGCUAGAUCACCCACCUAGCACCACACCACCAGAGAAUAGAGAUCCAAAGUGAGAGGGGAGGGGCCGGCAUGGAUCUCAAGGAGGGGGUAAUGGGUUCCGUCCUCUCCAAGAUGAGCGAGCUCCUCAAGGAGGAGCAUGACCUGCCGCACCGAGCCAAGGAAGUCCUCAAGUAUGUUGCACAACAGCAAAAGCGCCUGCGGCUUACUUCUGUAUAGGGCUUUGCAGAUGCACGUUGGUGCCUAGUCAUAGUUUGUGAUCAAACGCAUGAAGUUACGUUGUGGAAAUGCAAAUUGUACUCAUCUGGUUUUGUUUUUGUCAUUGCUAGCUAGCAAUUUUACAAACAGGGAAGGCUCCAUAGGUACCCAUACUCUAGCAACCUUUGACUUGGUUGCCGAGUGAUUGCAGCCGCACUUAUCCCGUCAUGAUUACUGUCUCAUGCAUGUUAUAUCACUGCCCGAUUUGGUUAUACCUUUGCUCAUAAGUCAUAAUAGCAAAUACUAUUAUUUAGCCUUACUCAAGUUUGACUGUUCAUUGUCAACCUUCGAUAGGUACCUGGUCGUGAUUGAUGAUUUAUGGAACGAAGAUGAUUGGCAUAGCAUCUCAUCUAGCUUGCCAAAUAAUGACUGUGCUAGCAGAGUAAUUACUACUACCCGUGUUAAUGACAUAGCUAUGUUAUGUUGCUCAGGCUGUGACGAGUCGAUAUAUGAAGUUCAUUAUCUUGGAUACCAAAAUUCCAGAGAGUUGUUCUACAAGCACUAUUUUCACCAUGCGGACAGUUGGCCCGAAGCACCUGGAGACAUAUUUUUGUUUGCGAUCUUGAAGAUGUGCAGUGGUACGCCUUCAGCAAUAAAACGUAUUGCUUCGUUACUCAUAACCAAGGUAACCCCAAAAAAGCAAUGGCAAGAGAUGAUGUAUUCUGUAUAUUUUUCUUGGAAGCAGACGCCGCGUUCUUUAGGUUCUGAAGCCGAGAACAUUGCUGGUUUCAAACUCUUCAGAGAAAUUAUAUCAAUUAUCUACGACGACCUUCCCGGAGCUCUCAAGGACUGUUUGCUGUACUUGGCUGUACAUGCUAAGAACCAAAUAAUUCAUAAGACUAGUAUGGGUAGGAAAUGGAUCGCUGAAGGAUUUAUCUCUGAAAAUGUGAGGCAUGGUCGAGAGGAAGUAGCAAGCAGGUACUUUGAUGAGCUCAUCAACAGAAACUUCAUCCGGCUGUCAGAAUAUGACAACUAUUCAAGGGAAGAGAAGUAUGAAGUUAACCAAAUGGUGCUUUAUGUUCUUAGGCAGAUAUCAAACGAGGAAAAAAUUGCUGCUGUCUUGUCUGACGUUGGUAUUUUUUCAAGGGAAUAUGCUCACUAUUUCCGUUUGUCAGUGCAAUGUUCUUCUGGUUCAGAACUUUCAAUUGACACAGCAGCGAUGGAUCCGGAUAGCAAUAUUCGUUCCAUGACUAUUGCUGGUCCUGCAAAGUUUUGUUUAAACAAUGAUUUGGUGUGUCUACGGGUGUUAGAUCUAGAUGGCUGCAAUGAUUUGGAAAAAACGGCUAUGGACCAUAUAUGCCGAAUGGCCCUGUUGAAGUACUUGACCCCGGUCAAGAAGAUCCCUCCAGAAAUCAGGGGAUUGCGCUAUCUGGAGACUCUGGAUUUAAGGCAGACUGAAAUCAGUAAUCUCCCUGCAGAAAUCGGGAAACUGCAACAGCUCAAGACUUUAGAUGCAAGGCAGGCUAAACUCAGUUGUCUCCCUCCAGAAAUCGGGAAAUUGCAAAAUCUGGAGACCUUGGAUGUAAGACAGACACAAGUGAAAGAGCUACCAAAGGAACUUGUUCAUCUUCCCAAACUUGCGCAUCUUUAUUUUGGUCAUUCUAGUUCCGGUCGAGGAGUAAAGUUGCCUGUGGGAAGUGACCAGUUCAACUCAGUGAAGGUCCUUGGCAUCGUUGAUUCAAGAGAAUGGUCGGAAAGUGGACUGACAGGAGUAAGGGAGCUUGAAGUAGUGUGCAAGUGCACAAAUCUUGAAUAUCUGAUUAUUUAUGGUGACUACAUGCCGAGCGACGAACUUCCUGUAUCCACGAAUUUUUCUUCACUUAAGAGAUUGAAAGUGGCAGGAAGGUUUGAGAAAGUUCCACGGUGGCUAGCAAAGCUUACCACUCUGAGGAAGCUAGAUAUCAGAAUCUGCAAGCUAGACCAAGAUGAUCUUAAGAUACUUGGACGUCUGCCGGCCCCGAGUACUCUUGCACUGAUUUGCAUUUCUAGGAAGAAAGAGGAACAAAAAAUUCCUGCAGGUUUCCCGAGCGACGAGGUUUUCAGUUUCGACGGUUAUGUGACAUGGAUCACCUUUGAGAAGGGAGCUAUGCCGAAACUGAAACACCUCCACCUGAAGCUCUAUGCCGGCCCAACUGAUAAAUUUCCUUCGGGUAUCAUCAACCUCCGCAGGCUUGAGAAGAUUACCAUCCGGUACUCUUCACAGCAUGCUAGCAGUGGCGGUAUCAGGAAGGCAGUUGCUAAGAUGAGAGAACAGGCUGCCAACCAUGGUAAUCUGAUAAAGCUUUCUGACAAUGGUGACUCUGAGAUUGUGAGAAGUGGUCAGGAGGGUGAACGCACACCAUUUGGAUUCAAGUUCCUGUGGAACUACUUUUGGCCUACUAAGGAAGAAAUGGCAAGGUUUGGACGGAACGGAACGAUAGCUUGUCCUGAAGCCAAAGAAUCCUUCUUCCUCCGUCGCCACUAAGAGUACGUUUCAGCCACAUUACAAGCUUCCUCACGCAUAUAAUGAUGUACCUUUCCCUCCAUUUCUUCCUCUUGUUAGAUAAUGGAAGCCGCAUCGUUGUUUACAGUUGUGUGUCAACAAAUACUCUGUCUUCCUCUCUUUCUUAUUUCAAAAAACAAGCAAAUCCGGUUGCUUGCAAGAUGCCUGCUUGCUGAGGUGGAAAGGACAAGACAUGCUUAUCAUGAAUAAUGCUAUUGUAGUUGAGCUUGUAUCUAUCCUUAUU